AUGACGAACCCAAUAGCCUCGCAGUUCAAAGACGAAGAAAAAGAAGCAGUUGCACAGCUCAAGGCAGAACUGGAUGAUAUUUUGGAAGCGGCUGGUAUAGAAGAGGGUUACAAGCUUUGGGAUGUCCCGCUAAAUAAGACGUCAGAGGACGAGAGAUUGGAUGUAAUUCUAAUCAAGUUUUUACGAGCGAGAAACCUCAGCUGCCCCGAAGCCAAAGAAAUGCUAAUUUCUACGUUAAAGUGGCGCAAAGAAUUCAAAACCGACACCAUUUUAUCUGAAACCUUUCCUGCUGAAACUUUCUCCAAACUUGGUUUUAUCCAUUCCGUCGACUCUUUCAACCGUCCGGUGACUUACAAUCUAUACGGAGCAGAGAGCAGCGCAGAAGCAUUUUCUGAUCUUGGCAGAUUUCUUAGAUGGAGAGUGCAAUUAAUGGAGAAAGGAGUGCGGCAACUGGAUUUCGUUAAUACAGAUCAGAUGGUGCAAGUGCAUGAUUAUGCGGGUGUGGGAUUUGGCAGCUAUGAUAAGAAUACCAAGCAAGCUAGUAAAGCUACUACAGCGCUUUUGCUGGAGAAUUAUCCAGAAUUUCUGGCCGUAAAAUACUUUGUAAAUAUCCCAUGGUGGGGAGAUGCAAUCUUUAGAUUCAUUUCGGUCUUUUUAUCCGAACAGACCAAGAAGAAAUUUAUCGUUACGGGAUCGGGUGGCGCGCAUGCCGCGUUGACUAGAUUGAUAAACGAGGAGAAUCUUCCUACGUUCUAUGGAGGCAAGAGUGUCGUACCCGGAUUUGAUUGA